AUGGAUGCUUGUCAUUUAUUGUUUGGUAGGCCUUGGCAAUAUGACUUGAAGGCACAUCAUGAUGGUUUUAGGAACACCUAUUCUAUCACCAAAGAUGGGAAGGUCAUAGAAUUGCUACCUUUGAUGGAGAAUGAGGAAGAACAUAAAGAGAAAGAGGCUAAGGUGAUGCUGAUGGAAAGUAAGGAGUUCAUGAAGGAGGUAAAAGAGGAAGGAGGAGUAUGUUUUGCAUUGAUACCUAUUCCUAAGAAGGAGGUUGCAGAUGUAGGAGCAGUAGAUCAACAAGGAAGACCUAGGAUGGUUCCUUAUGAAGUGCAAGAGCUUCUUGACAAGUAUAAGGGUGUGCUUUCAGAGGGUAUGCCUAAGACCCUCCCUCCUAUUAGAGAAAUCAGUCAUUGCAUUGACUUUAUACCAGGAGCAACAUUGCCCAACAAGGCUGCAUACAAACUAACCCCUCAACAAAAUGAAGAGAUGGCCAGGCAGAUUGCUGAUUUACUUGAUGUAGGUCUGAUUGGAAAAAGUCUUAGUCCUUGUGCUAUACCAGUAGUACUUGCACCCAAAAAGGAAGCUGUAGGUGAUGAUGUUUUGGAGCAGCAGGCUAAUGACAACUUUCCCAAGCAUGAACCACCUACUCUAGAGAAGGUGUUGGACACUAGACUGGUUAAGAAGACAAGGAACAAAGAAUACAAACAAUAUUUGGUCAAGUGGAGAGGCAAACCUGAUACUGAGGCUGUAUGGAUGGAUGAACAACAGAUUCAAACUCAUGGCACCACCUUGCAGCAACUCAUCUCAAGUGGACUUGAGAUUUCUUAUCCCCAGGAGUAUGAUGUAGGGGAAUAUACACAUCAACCACCAAGUGAUCUUGAGGAGAAAACAUAG